AGUUUUGUAAAAUAACACGUCUAUUUCUAUUUUUCCGUUUCCUGCUGACGACUUGACGCGUGUCGAUCAUCCUCAAUUUAGAAGAGAUUGCUGGAAGGUAGUCGAUUCAUUUUCAUACUUUCAAAGUAGUGACAUACAUUUCAUAAAACCAAUAAAUUUAAAUUCCGAAAAGCUUUCUUAUUUAUAGAAUAUACUUUUCACAGAUGAAGUCAAUUUUGUUUUUGGCCGCUUUGGUGGCAAUCGUUUACUCCGAAGAGUUGGAAGAAUCCAGAGGUCGAAUCCUUGCAUCGAAAUCCGUUUUGAAUAACAUGCUUGUUGAGAGCAGGGAGGUUACUGUUGAAUAUGUUCUAUUUAAUAUGGGCAAAAGCUCGGCUUUGAAAGUUCAGUUGACAGAUAAUACUUUCCCCGCCGAUCAAUUCGAAGUUGUUAGCGGUAGCUUACAGGUUUCUUGGGCUCGUAUCGCCCCAGGAUCAAAUGUAACUCACGUAGUUAUACUUAAACCUAAAAGUGACGGCAUGUUCAACUUUACAUCGGCUGAAGUUAGUUAUUUGGCAUCUGAAAAAGAUACAAAAGAAACCCUGGGUAGUACGUCGGCUCCAGGUCUAGGAAGGAUCAUCGCCUUCCAAGAUUAUGACCGAAAAUACUCGCCUCACUACCUAGAUUGGUUGGCGUUUACUGUUAUGUGCUUACCGUCCUUGGCCAUUCCAUUUAUGCUCUGGUAUAAUUCAAAGUCGAAGUACGAACAGAUCAAGACAAAGAAGAAUUAAAAAGCAAAGAGGAAGAUAUAAUAAUUAAUAUUUAAGACAAAAAAUAAUUUACAAGUAAUUUAAGAGAAAACAAACACCUUUAAAAACACAAAAAAGACAAACUAUUCAUAAAUGGUUAAUUGUUUGAGUUUAUAGAUUGUUUAGGU